AUGGAUAGAGGCAACCGAAUUGCCGUGAUUGGGAUGGGGUCAUUGGGCCUCGUCGCCUUGAAGAACUGUCUUGAAGAGGGCUUCGAGGCGAUUGGCUUUGAGAAAAGCUCAUACGUUGGUGGCCUCUGGAAGUACACCCCAGAUGGCAACAAGACCUCUGUCCUCCCAACAACAAUCGUCAACAUUUCUAAAGAGAGGGGAUGCUUUACAGACUUUCCGUUUCCAAAAGCCAAGCAAGUUGAAGAUUACCUCGAAAGCUACACAGACCACUUCAAGCUACGUCCUUUCAUACGUCUCAAUAUGCAAGUGAGAUAUGUGCAUCAUGAGGAACGUACGAAGAAAUGGGUCAUCAAGAUCGAUGGCUUCCCAACCGAGAUCUUUGACAGGGUCAUUAUCGCAACAGGCAUGAACCAGACGCCCAACUACCCCGACAUCAAGGGCAUCCAAUCUUUCCCUGGCCAACAAGUACACUCAAAGUCGUUCAAGAGACCAGAGGAAUUUGAUGGGAAACGUGUACUCGUUGUCGGUUUUGGGAAUAGCGGUGCUGAUACGGCGGUAUCCCUCAUCGGACACGCGAAGAAGAUUUACCUCUCUCAUAGAGAAGGCGCUUAUGUUAUUCCUCGCGUCAACAACGGGAGACCUAUCGACCACACAAUCAAUGUUCGCUUCACAAAAGUUCAGGCUUUCUUAGAAUACUUCUUCCCAAAGGCGAGCGAGAGCUUUUUCAACAGGGUGGUGAAGGGACUGCAAGACAACAACUUCAAAAUUCGACCGGAGUGGAACCUCUCUCCAGCACCGUCUUUGAAAACAACCAGUCCGGUGGUUUCAGACGAGAUCAUUCCCGCACUGGAACGUGGAGACGUUGAAUCUGUAGCUGGCAUUGGUAAAGUGACCGGCGACGAGGUUGAUCUCACUGACGGAAGGGUUCUUCAAGUAGAUGCCAUCGUUUAUUGCACUGGAUAUAAGGCUGACUUCAGCAUCCUUGAUCCGAAGGAUAACCCAGCAAAUACGCCGAACCCAGAAUGGGUUGCUGCGAAGGGAGCGAGGGGCAAACCACUUCCGAGACUCUACAAGAAUGUUCUGUCUGAGAAAUAUCCGGAGUCUCUUGCGUUCAUGGGUUGCGUAGCCUUUGCAACUGGCAGCAUGCAUGGACAACAGCCCUAG